AUGAGUACCAAACCAAGCAUGGAGAACCUGAAUGUUCUAAAAAAGCCUCUCGCCUUCUUCUCCAACAAACCGCUCACGGGCUUCUACCGCGACGGAUACUGCCGCGUCGGUCCUGAAGACAAAGGCAACCAUGCAGUGGCAGGCGUUGUGACUAAGGAGUUCCUAGAAUAUUCUGCAUCCAAAGGCAAUGAUCUCCGCACAAUUGGCCUUACAGACGGUUGUAAAUGGUGUCUGUGUACGACAAGAUGGAAGGAGGCAUUCGAUGGAUUCAAGAAUGGUGAGGUUGGCGAAAAAGCUGUGCCCAAGGUGUUUCUGCACGCGACGGAUCAAAGUGCGCUGGACAAGAUACCGUUAGAAGACUUGAAGAGAUUUGCGGCACAAGGUGAGGCGAGCAAUGCGGAGAAAAGACCUGUGGAGCCGAGCUCGCGACCAGGUGCAGCCAUCAAAGAGGUCUGA